AUGGGAUCGGCAGGAAUAUCAUCAGCUGUACUUGGACAUACACCUUCGCCAUAUCGGUCGAAUGCUCACAUCAAUGUAUACACGGGGCAAAAUUUCACUCGACCUCAGCAUUUUCAUGGAUCUUUUCAACAAAAUAUGUGCAAUGGGUAUGGAAGCACAAAUGAAGGAACACAGUCACGCAAUGGUCUAAGGAGUUCGGGUAUAAGUACUCGUAGGAACAGCACUGGUUCACCAGUUCCAUCAUUAAGCUUGACGAAUGUUUACAUUCGUGGACUUGAACAAAACACAACUGAUGAGGAUUUAAGAGAUAUGUGCGCAAAAUUUGGUCGAAUAGCAUCAACAAAAGCAAUUAUGGAUAAGGCAACUGGUCAAUGUAAACGUUAUGGAUUCGUUGAUUUCGAAGAAGCAGCUGAUGCACUGCGUGCCGUUGAAGGUUUGAAUCAAGAAGGGAAGGUGCGAGCGCAAAUGGCUAAGGCGCUGAGUCCAAACAACCAAAAUAGCCUCUUUCAGCAACAGGAACAAGAUCCGACAAAUUUGUACUUGGCAAAUUUGCCACCGAAUUAUACGGAAAGAGAUUUGCAAAAGCUGCUGGAAAGUUAUGGUUCAACAAUCAGUACUAGGGUAUUGAAGAAUGGUGAUGGCUCAAGCAGAUGUGUCGGAUUCGCUCGAAUGGAUAACGAGGAAUUGUGCGCAAAAAUUAUUAAAGAGAUGAAUGGGAAAAAAAUAAUUCCGGGUUGCAAUUUACCAUUGAUGGUGAAAUAUGCAGAUAGCAAUAAGAAGACCAAAAGUCGACCUUUACAAAGUGUUCCAGGAUUAUAUAGUAGUCUUACACAUCUUGAGAUUACACAACCAUGUUUUGCAACACCACCGUAUGAUCAAAGUGGUCAAUAUAUUCGUAGCAAUCCGAAUUAUCAGUACCUGCUAACACCACCAUCGCCUUAUGUCUACAGUCCACAUCCUCAGUAUCAUGUUUUCUCAGGUUAUGGCGAUGCUCCUAUGGGGAAUCUUGCUGCUCAAAUGCAAAAUUUAUCACUUCAAGGUGCUAAUGCAAUACUACAUCCAUCAGCUGAAUUGACAAACAUUGGACCGGGUACAAGUAUGACAGCUAAUCAGGCUCCUGCUGGUACGGCAAUUCCUCAGGUUGCUAUGCAAGCAUAUACAGUUCCUCUCUAUCCAUGGCCAUAUGGUGUCCAGGCAACGACAGAUCCGAAUAUGAUUGGUACCGUGGUGACAUCUGCAACACCACUGCAAAAUUUUGUUCCAGAAUUAGCUGCUAUGCAUACAGAUGCUGCAAAUGUUGCUGCCGCUACUGCUGCUGCUGGUGCAGUACCAACAAACCAAACAUCCGGUCAAGUUAUUUACACCAGUCAACCACCACCGCCUCCACCACCUCCACCGCCACCCUCACAAGCACCAGCACCACAAAUGCAACAGAACUGA